AACAAUUGAUGCUUGAAACACAUGGUUAUACAGUACUUCAAUUAAAUGCACAUCCAAUUGACAAUAAAAUACGAGAAGAAUUAAGUAUUGAAUUAGAAAAACUUGUUGAUAAAGCAUCAGAUAUUCUUGCAGAACAUUUCUAUGAUCGAUAUAUUUGUGAAUUGGAAAAUAUUCUAUAUGAUAUUUGUCCACAAUUAAAAGAUCUAUAUCGUACAAAAUUAACAUUAGAAAAAUGUAGAAAUGAAACACAUGCAUUACUUCUGAGAGUUUGUCGUCCGGUGAUUAUGGCAACUCUAAGAUAUUCACACUUAGAUUCUGCCGUUAAACAAGAUGCAAUUAAUGAAUUGAUUUAUAUUGCACCAAUGGUAGUAUUUAAUAUAGCAAACGCUUCGGAUAAAAAUAGUGGUUGUGGAAUACUUAGUAGUGUAAUAUCGAAAUCUGUGGAAUCAUUGUCUAGUACAAAUGACAUGGCAACAGCACUUAUUAAAACACUUUUCAAAAAAUAA